UAACAUUGCAGAAAUAUGGUUUAAUGAUAGUGAAGUUAUAGAAAUGAUUGUACCUUUAAUACAAAUCUCAUUUCAGCGAGAUCAUCAUUCUUAUUGGCUAGAUACAGCAGCUAAAGUGGUGACUAUAUAUAGCCCGAAUAAUAAAUAUGGAACUGCCUUGAGAGAUAUGUUGGCUGCUCUUACAUCUACUACCAUACAGCAUGUUAGGAGUCAAAAUGAUAUGGAACAAUAUCCUGAUAUAGUUAACUCCUACUUCUCUGUUUUGACAAAA